AUGAUUAUGAACCAAUCAGCCAAGCCAAACAUUUGCAAGCAAGCGCAUACCUCCAAGGAACAUGACGAUUUGUGCACCGAAGCUGUGGAGUCAAUAGCGAGGCAGUUGUCAACAGCAGAACCAGAUCUACUUGUUGCGCGUACCACUGUUCUUGCCCAAUUUGCUCGGUUAGCGCCCGAUGCAUUUAAGCUCAAGAGCAAUAUCUUAAUGGCCCUCCUCGUCAAGAAGUUACUCAUGGUACCUAGCCCAGCGGAUCCUGUGCAUGGUGCUAUCAUUCUGUGCACAAAAGAUGAUAAUUUGCUGAUAUGUGAUGCUGUAGGAUGA